AUGGUGCGCGGUUUCCUGUUCGCGCUUUCUAUUCUCCUGGCCGUACGGCCUGCUGUCGGCGCCGUGAACAUUGCCAACAUCACUCCCCCUUUAGUUGGUCUCUCCUCAACCUGCAUCCAAGUGCUCAAUCAGCCUCUGAACUGCGACCCACUGCUCCUCGAGAUCGAUCCCCAAGUCUAUGAGAAUGACACAACCCUGAGCACGGUAUGCACAUCCGCCUGCACUGCUGCUCUAGACCAGUAUCGGCGACGAGUGACGGGAGCCUGCGGAGCUAGCAGGUACUCGGCGAGUGAUGGCUGGAGCUAUCAUGUCCUCUACGCCUUUCAGCUCAUUUUCGAAAAGUAUGAGGCGGUGUGUCUUCAGGACGGAGGCGGUCGACGAUGCAAUGCGGUCAUCCGUGAUGCGCUCCAUAUCGAUCCAGACACGCAAAAAUCAACUGCGAACCCGGACCCAACCGCACUUUGUGAUGACUGCUUCCUCUCGAGCGUGAGGCUCCGCCUUCAGCAGCCACUCGCGUCUGAUGAAGCGGUAUCAACUUUUUUCGACUCGUUGACUUCGACUUGCGGCGUGACGACGAUCUCGAUCACGACGCCUGCCACAACAACUUGGGCUAUCCCUGGAACCGAAGUUCCCGGACCGACUCCAACAUGCCAAGGGACAACGUACACUAUCCAGCCGGGAGACACCUGUCAGAGCAUAUCUCUCGGCGAAGGGAUUAGUACCGCCCAGCUUCUGAUCGCCAAUAGCCUCCCCGCAUAUUGUAGUGGAUUUCCGACCGAGGGAUCGAUCUGCAUCCCGGAUGCGCUUGUCUGCCAGCCCUAUCAAUUGACGACGGGCGCUCAGUGCAGAGACGUGGCAUCGGCGAAUGAGAUUUCUUGGACGCAGGUCGUGAGCUGGAACCGCGAAGUCGGCACCUACUGCGAGAAUAUCAACAAGCUCUCAAGCAGGGGGUUCGUCCUCUGCGUAUCGAACCCUGGUGGGUCCUGGGAGCACCCCGAGCCUGAGGAAGAGCCGACCAUGCCUUCGCCAAAGACCACGGCGGAACCGAUACCCAACACGCUGCCGUUCUCAACUGUUGCCAGCCUUCCGACGCCCGCACGCCUAGAGACUCUCCCUAACCUUGGGUAUCUCGACCCUUUAGCCAACGGCACACUCGAUGACUGCGAACAGUACGCGAGUGGACCGGUAUACAACUAUGAAGUUGACUCGUUUAAUCCUGAGGUCAUCUACUCCUGCGAGGGCGUCGCCGCAGCCUAUGAUAUCUCUCUGAGCGACUUCCUUGAGUGGAACCCGGAUCUCUUGGAAACGCCAGGCGUAAUAGAUGAGUGUGAGUUACAAGACGGGUUCCGCUAUUGUGUGCAGCGAGUACGGCCAAAGUCGUCGGGUAUGACGGGGUACUGCGUCCGCGAAACAUAUGUUGAGCCCGGCUGGUCGUGUGCGGAGCUUCUGUUUUGGACGGACAUUUCCAUUGCGCGAUUUGCGGCCUGGAAUCCCGCCGUUGGGCCGAAUUGUGGAAACUUUAAGACUGGACUCACUUACUGUACGGAUGUUAGGCAUUUUAGGCCUCCAGGUCAAAUAUCAACUUGUAUCCGAUGGGCGAUGGCCAACACCACAGAUCCGGCCGACGACCCUUGCGGGCAAUUCGAAGACAAUUACGGAAUACCUCUCGCCCGCUUCGUUGCCUGGAAUCCGACCGUUCUAUCGAACUGCUCUGGGAUCGAGCUGCAUUACGACUAUUGCGUUGCGACACCGACCUGGCCCCCUCCUUCUUGA